UCGUUGACAGUGAUUGUUUGACAGUACAAUGGCAGAAGUCGCCCCAGCCGCACCCGCCGCCGCCGCUCCGGCCAAAGCAGCGAAGAAGAAGGCCGCUAAGCCGAGCAAGAAGACAGGCCCCGGCGCCAGUGAGCUGAUCCUGAAGGCCGUGUCCGCGUCCAAGGAGCGGAAAGGUCUGUCCUACGUGGCUCUGAAGAAGUCUCUGGCCGCUCAGGGCUACGAUGUGGAGCACAACAGCGCCCACGUCAGACGCGCCAUCAAGACCCUGGUCGGUAAAGGCGCUCUGGUCCAGACCAAGGGAACCGGAGCCUCCGGAUCCUUCAAGGCGAGCAAGACCGCCGAGAAGCCCAAGAAGGUGGGGAAGAAGCCCGCCGCCGCCGCCGCGCCGAAAGCCAAGAAGCCCGCAGCGAAGAAAGCCGCCGCUAAGAAGCCGGCAGCCGCCAAGAAGCCCAAAGCGGCCAAGACCACACCGAAGAAGGCCAAGAAACCCGUCGCCGCCAAGAAGCCCGCAGCGGCCAAGAAACCCGCAAAGAGCCCGAAGAAGGCCGCCAAGAAGGCGACUACACCCAAGAAGGCUGCGAAGAAGGUGGCGAAGCCCAAAGCUGCCAAGCCCAAGAAGACUGGCGCUAAGAAAGCAGCCAAGAAGUAAAUGUUCUAAACUUUACUUUAAACACAACAAAAGGCUCUUUUAAGAGCCACCCACAUAUUUCACUAAGAGCAAAUGUCCAGCGCCAAACUUACUUUUUAUGUUUUAUACACUUCCUGCACUUGUAAAUGUGUUUAAUUGGAAAAAAUUGCUGUGUCGAAGAAGAAACCGGAGAAGAUGGCGUUUAUUGAAUUUCUAUUUUUAUAUACAGUUUAUUUGGUAUAUUUUUGUAUUGGUGACCAUCCUGGUUAUAAAUCACUGCACUCAUUUCUAGAUGGACUUAAAGAUCCUGUAGUUUUUAGAGAAAGUACUUACAUUUUUCAAACAUGUGACUACAAUUGUCUUGCUUUACUGUCGGCUGUGUCUCCUGAUUUGAGACUUUACAGUAGGUUACAGGUAUUGUGUAUAUAACUUGCCCUUAUACCGUUGAACUUUAAUUGUUCUUGUAUUAUAUUCUUAUUUAUUUCUAUGCACUUUUUUAAAAUACUUUUCUAAUUUUAUUUCUGUCUUUGAGUUUUCCCUCUGGGAAUAAAUGAAGAUCAGACUUAUCCAUGAUGCUGUAAUGUCUAACUUUCAUUUCACACAGUAACACAGUUUAACAUUUGACCAGAUAGUGAUGAAAAGUUGGUUAAAUUCAUUACCAGUAAAUAAACAUUAAUUUAUCUUUAUAUUAUUUAUAUCAACAUGACACCCAGCUGUGGUAACAUUAAACAGCUGUUAUGCUCAUGUACUUUCAUUACUUCCAUAUAACAGACAGUUACAGUAAUAGUUACUAA